AUGAAUUGGGACAAUUACCCAACGAUACCAAACAUGAAGGUGAGUCUUCUGGGAGAUAAUAAAAUAUUUGGAAACCCCUUUUUUUUAAAAACAGUAACUCCUGGUACUUGGUCCCCAUGGUCGAUCUGGUCAAAUUGUGAUAAAACGUGUGGGAAUGGAACGCAAACUCGAAAUAGAACAUGCAGUCCCCUUAGCCAUGUGUGCGAGUUAACUAAUGGUUCAUAUAGUGAACAAGAAAUUGAAGGAAGAAAAUGCUUUUCAAUGGUCUGCAAUAUUAACGGAGGAUGGGGACCAUGGGUAACUAUUUCUGGCUGUUCCGCAAAUUGUGGUGGAGGAGUUUACACGCAAGAAAGAGAUUGCAACUCACCUCAACCUAAAGGACUUGGCAACCCAUGCGAGUUUAGCACAUACGAUGGCCACGGUUUACAUGAAAAUCGCACCGUGUCUUGUAAUACUGAACCGUGCACAGACGUAAGCAUCUGGGGAGAAUGGACGGCAUGGUCAAACUGUUUUCCCAAUUGCGCGAACGGACACAGACACCGAAAUAGAACAUGCAUCGUCCUAGCUGACAGUAUAGGCUGUCUCAUUAACGGUACUCAUUCGAUGAAUGACUCCGAAAGAGAAGUAUGCAGUAUUGCAACUUGUCCAGUCAAUGGAAGCUGGUCACAAUGGAACAGUUGGUCAGGAUGUUUGAAAACGUGUGAUAAUGGUACUAGGUACAGAACUCGCCAAUGUUCCAGUCCUGCACCAAAAUAUGGAGGAGUAAAGUGCAAAGGAAUUGAUGGGACAAUAGCAUUAGAAGAAGUGGGAUUAAAAUACUGCCACAAUGAUCCAUGUUUUCGAUUUGGAGGUUGGAGCAAAUGGAGAAAUGUUACAGAGUGUUCUAUCACUUGUGGAUUCGGAACAUUUGUAAGGAAAAGAUACUGCAACAAUCCCACCCCAAUUGGACAGGGUGGGUUGUGCAUUGAUAUGAACAAUAAGCCAGUGUUGCAUGAAUUAAAUACAGUAGGGUGUUCGCUUGGUGAGAGAUAG